AUGAAGUUCUCUUCUCCAUUAAUCCCUCUUGCUCUUGUCCUUAUUGUUCUAUAUUCAUGUCCAUUAUGGGCUGCAGCAUCUCCCCAAAAAUAUCAACACUUUCUUCAAUGUCUCUCAGAGCAUUCUUCAAACAGUUAUCCCAUUUCCAAAGUGGUUUAUAGUCCAAUCAACUCAUCUUAUUCUUCUGUUUUGGACUUCUCCAUUAAAAACCUCAGAUUCUCAAAGCCUCAAACCCCAAAGCCACUCCUUAUUAUCACACCCUCACAUGUUUCUCACAUUCAAGCAGCAGUCAUCUGCUCCAAAUCUCAUGGCUUACAAAUCCGAACACGGAGCGGCGGCCAUGACUUCGAGGGUCUUUCUUACGUUGCCUAUCGUCCAUUUAUCGUCGUUGACCUAAUAAAUCUCAGGUCUAUUUCUGUUGACGAUGAAAACAACACUGCGUGGGUUGAGUCAGGUGCAACUCUAGGUGAACUUUACUACAGAAUUGGUGAGAAAAGUCGAACCUUGGCGUUCCCGGCAGGUGUUUGUCCGACGGUCGGCAUUGGUGGGCACUUCAGCGGCGGUGGAUAUGGAUUGAUGCUGAGGAAAUUUGGUCUUGCUGCUGAUAAUGUGAUAGAUGCUCAUUUGGUUGAUGCUAAUGGGAAGGUUCAUGAUAGAGAGUCAAUGGGAGAGGAUUUGUUUUGGGCCAUUAGAGGUGGCGGCGGAGGGAGCUUUGGGAUUGUGGUGGCGUGGAAGAUCAAGCUGGUUCCGGUUCCGGCAACCGUGACAAUUUGCUCGACACAAAGAAAUUUGGAGGAAGAUGCAAUUAAACUGGUCCAUCGCUGGCAAUAUGUGGCUAACAAAUUAGAUGAAAAUCUAUACCUUGGCAUCAUUUUGACUGGUGGGAAAGCUUCAACUCAAGGAGGCAUUACUAACCCAACAGCUACAUUCUUCUCAUUAUUUCUUGGAAGGAUAGAUGAACUUUUGGCCACUUUGUCAACAACUUUUCCUGAGUUAGGUUUAAUAAAACAAGAUUGUGUCGAAGCGACUUGGGUUGAGUCAACCCUCAUUAUCGCCACAGGGGUUCAACCCAUUGAGUCCUUAGAACCUUUACUCAAUAGAACACCUCCCACAAUCGAAAACACAAAAAUAAAAUCCGACUACGUCAAGGAACCCCUUCCCGAGGCUGCAAUCGAGGGCAUAUGCCAAAGAUUAAAGGCUCAAGAUAUAGAAACAUCACAACUCAUAUUUGUUCCUUAUGGAGGGAAAAUGAGUCAAAUUUCUGAGUCAGAAACCCCAUUUUCACAUAGAGCUGGAAAUUUGUACAAGAUUGGGUACGUUGUAGGGUGGAAGGAACAAAGUUUAAAGGCAAAGAAAAGGCACAUACAUUGGAUACGAGAGGUUUACGAGUACAUGAUUCCUUUUGUUUCAAAAUCACCCAGGGCUGCAUAUGCAAAUUACAGAGAUCUUGACAUUGGAGCUAACAACAAAUAUGGACAGACAAGCGUCGAGCAAGCAAGCGUUUGGGGUUUGAAGUAUUUUGGGAACAAUUUUAAGAAGUUGGUGUAUGUUAAAACUAAGGUUGAUCCUUAUGAUUUCUUCAGGCAUGAACAAAGUAUACCUACCCUCUAA